AAAUGGCCCGGUGCUCUCCUGGUGCUUAUUCGACAUACUUACUUUGAUAAGCCAUUCUUACUCCGCAGAUUACGGGAUUCCCAGGGUCGUCAAGCUUCGAUAAGAUGAUUCUCACCUCCAGGACUGCGGUGCUCCUCAGCACCGUCACCUUGUUCGCUCAAGUCGCUUUCGGUCUGCCCACCACAUCCGGACCGGAGCGCCGUAACAAUGCCCGGGCUGUCGGACAAAUCUCUAACAGGAACGAGUCCAGCACACUUCGCGAAGCUCCGGAAAGCGAAUCUGACCUCCAAAGCCGACUAGACGGCAUCUGGGCCAGCACGACUGAUUCAAACGGUGCUGAUACUUUCUGGGACAAGGUCGUCCGCCAGGCACACCAGAACAUCCUGCCCGGCCAGGGCAUCGACAUCAACUACAUCGACGAGCCCGACACUAUAACCGAUACCCUGGUUGGCCCUCUCGAUCCUCGCGACAGCUUCAGCAACCUAAACAACCCAGACGUCCCAGGGGUUCACUACCCCCGGUCCUCAGAUGUGGACCCCUCCUUCACCAUCCCCGAAGAGGCCCUCCGCGCCGCCAUCUACCUUCCACCGGGCUUCACCGCGUCCAGCAACCGCCAAGUAGUCCUCUUCGUCCCCGGCACCGGUUCCUACGGCCACGAAGCCUUCGGCCCCAACCUGCUCAAAGUCAUCACCUCAGCCGGCGCCGCCGACGCCGUGUGGCUCAACGUGCCCGCCGCCAUGCUAAACGACGCGCAGUCAAACGCCGAGUUCAUCGCCUACGCCAUCAGCUACGUGAAGGCGCUCAUCGGCGACGACCGCGAGCUGAACGUGAUCGGUUGGUCCCAGGGAAACCUGGCCACGCAGUGGGUGUUCACCUACUGGCCGAGCACGGUGCCCAAAGUGCGCCAGCUGAUCUCCGUCAGUCCGGAUUUCCACGGCACCGUGCUGGCGAACGGGCUGUGCUUGAACGCGGGAAAUCUCACGAACGAUAUCAAGGAGGGAUUGCCUUGCCCGCCGUCGGUGCUGCAGCAGGAGUAUAACUCGAACUUGAUCAGCACCCUGCGGGCGGCGGGUGGCGGGGACGCGUACGUCCCUACAACGUCGUUUUGGUCGAGUCUCUUUGACGAGGUUGUGCAGCCGCAGAUUGGCUUGACGGCGUCGGCGAGGAUUGGGAACGCGCGCAAGAAGGGCGUGACGAAUGUCGAGGUGCAAACGGUUUGCGGAGUGUCGCCCGGCGGUGGGUUCUACGGCCAUUCGAGCCUGUUGUCCCAUCCGCUUGUUGCGGCGCUGACGCUCGAUGCGUUGCGGAAUGGAGGACCGGCGAGCCUGGAGAGAAUCGAGUCGGAUAUUCAUGACAUCUGUCAGAAUGUUGUCGCGCCGGGGUUGGAGCUCGCGGAUGGAAUCAAGACGGCGGGAGACAUUGUGCUUGCGGCUGUCAGGUUGAUUGCCUAUCCGGCCAAGUUGAAGGAGGAGCCUGUCCUGAGAGCGUACGCAGUUUGAUCCAUCAUAGCUAGGAUUGCAGAAAGAAUCUGGAUGAGAUGGGUAGCGUAGUAAUCGUAAUAGUAAUUGGAUGUUUUGGAAACAAUUUCGAGACUGAUAUUUGUGAUCAUAAAUACCCCGUCGCGGCAGGCACCCCCCACAAACAUGCAUCUUCCCGUCAGUAUGCAACACUGGUAAUGUUGACACCUAUCAGCCUCUGUCACAUCUU